CCACAGCACAACAGCAGCAGAACAAACCUACAACCACAAGGCACUUUGAGAACUUCAGGAUGCAGAGGUCUCCAGCCCUUGUCUGCCUCGCCCUGGGCCUGGCCCUCAUCUUUGGUGAGGGGUCAGCCUUGUCCGAAUCCCAGGCAACCCAUCUGGCCACAGACUUUGGUGUGAAGGUGUUUCAGCAGGUGGUGCAGGCCUCCAAGGACCGCAACGUGGUUUUCUCACCCUAUGGGGUGUCGUCAGUGCUGGCCAUGCUGCAGCUGACAACGGGAGGGAACACUCAGCAACAACUCCACGCAGCGAUGCAAUUCAAGAUUAAUGAGAAGGGCGUAGCUCCUGCCCUCCGUCAGCUGUACAAGGAGCUCAUGGGGCCAUGGAACAAGGACGAGAUCAACACCGCUGAUGCCAUCUUCGUCCAGCGGGACCUGAAGCUGGUCCAGGGCUUCAUGCCCCACUUCUUCAGGCUGUUCCGAAGCACGGUCAAGCAGGUGAACUUCACAGAGGUGGAGAAAGCAAGGUUCAUCAUCAAUGACUGGGUGAAGACUCACACAAGAGGCAUGAUCAGCAACUUACUUGGCAAAGGGGCUGUGGACCAGCUGACGCGUCUGGUACUGGUGAAUGCCCUCUACUUUAAUGGCCAGUGGAAGAUGCCCUUCCCAGCCUCGGGCACCCACCACCGACUCUUCCACAAGCCCGACGGCAGCACUGUCUCUGUGUCCAUGAUGGCUCAGACCAAUAAGUUCAACUACAGCGAGUUUUCCACCCCUGAUGGUCAUUACUACGACAUCCUGGAAAUGCCCUACCACGGAGAUACUAUCAGCAUGUUCAUUGCUGCUCCCUAUGAAAAAGAGGUGCCUCUCUCUGCCCUCACCAACAUUCUGGAUGCCCAGCUCAUCAGCCAGUGGAAAGGAAAUAUGACCAGACUGCUCCGCCUCCUGGUUCUGCCCAAAUUCUCCCUGGAGAGUGAAGUUGACCUCAGAAGACCCCUGGAGAACUUGGGGAUGACUGACAUGUUCAGGCCAGAACGGGCAGACUUCACGAGUCUUUCAGAUCAAGAGCAGCUCUAUAUAUCGAAGGCACUGCAGAAAGUGAAGAUUGAGGUGAAUGAGAGUGGCACAGUGGCAUCCUCGUCCACAGCUGUUGUGGCCUCAGCCCGAAUGGUCCCUGAAGAGAUCAUCAUGGACAGACCCUUCCUCUUUGUGGUUCGGCAUAACCCCACAGGAACAGUCUUAUUCAUGGGUCAAGUGAUGGAACCGUGAUUCUAGGAAAAAACGCUAUCAUCUGGGACAGAACUGGAGAUCAGAAAAGAAGAAACUCUGAAAAAAAAUUUUUUUUCUUUUAAUUACUCUUUCUGGAGAAAAAAAAGACAUUUGCCUU